CUGUUGUAAAUACUAUGACGUUUCUAUAGCAAAUAAUCUUCCUUCCCUAAGGUAUUUAAAUGAAUCGGUGAUAAAGAAAAAGGCGGCCAGGUCGAUCAGCUUGCGCCAGCUAGUUCGCAUCGUUGUUCUCGAGUAGCAGGUGAUCGAAAUUUUGCGCUUCCGUGUCGCGUUCGAUUGCUCACGAUUUCGAUUUGGCGCGGGACACGUCGGAAGAGACCGCCUUCCACGCUCUGUUAAUGUUUCACGAUCGUGCAUACACAUCUGAAUUGUGUUUUCUUCGAAGAAGGGAACACUUUUUAUAAGCUGGUUGAUUUAAAAAAAAUGUUUUAUCGAAUAAUUGGUUCCUUCCUUCUUUCCAAUUUCUUUGAUAUCUCAGUCGUGAUUUUUAAUAAUUCAUUGCAGCUUUAGCUUUAAUCAAAUUUUUUAUUAAAUGCCUCUUUCUUUCCUUCUGGAUAUUUUCAUUAAUAUUUCGAUCGAUCGCGCUCUUUGUGUAAUUCUUUGCACCUUUAAUUUUAUCCUUAAUAUGUUUAAACGUUUAUAUGAUUUUCCAAUGAAUAAGUUUCUUUCUGAAUAUUUGCGUUAAUAUUAAAUUAUAACAUAUAUUCGUCUCGUUUCCUCCAUAUGGUAAUAUAAUAAAAACUAGACGAAUCAAUGUUUCAUUUGAUUUUAUAUUUCUUUUUUGUAAUUCCCUGUCCUUUCAGUCUUUUAUCGUAAUUUUAUAGCACAACUAUUUACCGAACACUUUUUCCUUCUCCUCUGAAUAUUAAUUAUAAUAUUUCAAUCGACUCUGCAUCUGUUUAUUUUAAUUCCAUGCACUCUUUGCUUUUCCCUCCCAUUUCAACGACGUAAUUAUUCUACUUAUUUUUACAUCAUUUUUCUUUUAUCAAGUUUCCAAAAUCUUAUAUCCAGACACGUAAAGCGACAAGCUACGUGCUCGUAAAUCGUCAGAAGAUUGUAUCAACGAUCGUCCAAUAACGCCUUACUAUGUACGAAUGCAUACUCUAUCUACUAGCGAGUUAUCGUCGUUAUAUCAGCGUUCGGUGGUAGACCCUUCGAACUCUGUAGAGCAAUGCGAAGAUCGAAAUAAAAUAAGAAACAGCGAAAUGAACGAAGAAAACGUAUACUAAGCGACUGUAGUACAGAAAUGUGUACUAUUUGUCCAGCGAUUUAAUUAGCUUAAGAUUGCGCCCUUUUUCGAUGAUGCAAUAUUAAAAUAAACGAGGUCGAGGAGAAGUCCCAUGGUGUUCGAAUGUGGCGUAAAAACGUAGGAAACAUAAAUACGUUUUAAAAAAGAGAGGCGAGGAAACACGAGACGAGAAACGAAAAAAUACCAGAACGUUUACAACGAUGCUUCGUAUGUAUAUUAUUUCUUUGCAAUCACUGAUGUAAAUAAAUGCAACAGUUUGAAAAACCGUUGGCUAAAUCGUUCGGCUGACGUCAACUUGAUAUUCCGUUCUUUGCUUCCUAUCAGCUUGUCCGCUUUCUUUCUCUCUCUCUCUCUCUCUCUCUCUCUCUCCCUCUCUCUUUUUUCGUUAUUUUCUCAAAAAAGAAAGCUGUUUAUCAACCGCGUUGUUGCAUCGUGAGAAAACGAGAGAAAAUUUCCACUCGGGCUUUAUCAGAGGUUCUUGCUCGUCGACGUGAGAAUUUUUGUUGAUUUAACGAAUGAAUUGUUCGACGGUUACCAUGCCAUAUUUCACCGUCGAACAUACUGAUGAGCGAUAAUUAUUAGCGGCGACACAUCGAUCGAAUAAUAUAACGAAUGUUCCCUCUCGUAAUUGGACAAUAUGUCUUUAUUAUUUUCGACGACAGUGGAACAUUACCAAAGCAAACAGAGUCUAAUGAAACAUUACAGUCGCGAUAUAUGCAGAAAUGUUCGAGUCACUGGCCAGGAAAUACUGAUACUAUUACUCCUAAUCAGCAAUUCGCAAUAUUAACAAUCGAUGUUUCGUUUAAAAGCUGACAGAGGCGCUAAACGUUUCUGAAAUAUCUUUUUAGAGGCAACCGAUAGAUAGAAAUAAAAUACGUUGUAUGAUUUGAUUUUCUGAUAAUACAAUGAGAAGAAAUUAUUUUCGAAAUUCUGUCUGGCGAGUGUGCAACGUAUUGCACGGCGACAAAUGUACGGGGAAAUGUCGAUGCAAAAAUCAUUCGAGUGACCAAUUAAUAGAGAUAUCGUAUAACGCCUCCGUGAUAUACAAUUAUUAUCGGCUAUUUGGCUCUGUAAUAAACGCUGGAAAUUCAGAUUCGAUAAUUAGUAUUGUCGUGAACAUUAACGGUAUUAUUUCGCAGACGAUGUUGCUUGAAAUUUGCCUAUCCUCUUUGAUAAUUUUCAUCGAUGCAAGAGCGACCGAUGUAACAAACGAUGGGCGUUCCGUGUGUUUAACUGAGGAGUGUAAAAGAUUCGCUACGAGGAUACUAACGAACAUGAACGCAUCCGCGGAUCCCUGCGUGGACUUCUAUGAAUAUGCAUGCAGCAACUGGCCAACGAUACAUUCGCUUCCACUUGGAGAGAAUUCCUGGCAAUUGCGAGCCAUUUCUGACAACGAGAACAAAAAAAGAAUCGAGGAAAUGAUGAAGAUGAAGCUGCGAGGCGACGAAACCUUACCGGUAAAGGUUGCGAAACAAUGGUACAAAACUUGUAUGAACACAGAGGAUAUGAAUAAACGAGGUAUGGAACCGAUACUCUUCAUAUUGAAUGAAAUCGGUGGAUGGCCGAUAAUAAUAGGAAAAAACAAGUGGAACGACAGUGAACAAAAAUGGCAGAAUAUCGACGAUUAUUAUGCUCAUUUAAGGGGAUCUAAUUUGUUGCAUGAUGUCCGAGUCACGGCGUAUGGUGAUACCAAAGAGGAGACUGUGGUUUUAGACGUUCCCGACAUGCCACCGUAUUCGUGGAUGCUCGAAGAAUUUUCCGAAGCUGACAACGUGACACUUACAAUCACUGAUAAAAGAGAUUUUAGUUAUUGGAAGUACAUUGUGAAGAUAAUUUCGAAAACAGCUGAGGCUGGAGGAUUUAAUACAACAAGCAGCCAGUUAGAAGAGGAAAUUGAAGAUAUAUUUAAUUUCGAAUGGAAAUUGUUGAAGAUAAGUAGUAUGGUAAAUGAUUAUGUAAAUAUGACUGUGGCAGACUUCCAAAAAUGGUACGAUAAUUUAAAGCCACGUACACAGAAAUCUAUGGUAAAUUGGAUAGAUAAGAUAGUAAGCAUUUUUAAUGAAUCGGGUAUCGAUAUCUCUGAAGACACGAUGUUAAAAGUAACCUCACCUGAUUACUACGAGAAAUUAAUCCCCUUACUCGAUGAAACUCCAAGCAGAACCAUAGUGAAUUACCUUCAUUGGAGCUUCGUUUCAUCGAUGAUCACAGAGACUACCGACGAAAUGAGGGAAUUGGAUGAGAAAAUGACUGGAAAUGAUUCAAACGUGCAAGAAAACAGGUCGGACUGGUGCAUCAAGAAGAUGGAAUUAACGAAAGUCGUAGCGCAUGUGGAAUACGUAAGAAGAUAUUUCUCCGACGACAUGAUAGAAACGGCAUUGAAUGCGUUGGAUGACAUAGAAGAGGAAAUGAAGAUACAAAUUAAAGAAUCGAAUUGGGCGAACAAGAAGAUAAAAGAUUUGGCUUUAAGAAGAAUUAAGUUUAUAAAAAAAAAUAUUGGUUACCCGGAUUGGUAUAAUAACGCGACUAUCAUGGAAAAUUAUUCUGCAAAUCUUACAAUGGGACCGAAGUAUUUUGAAAAUGCAUUGGAGGUUCAGAGAUAUUAUAAAUUCAAGGAAUUGCGUCUUUUGAAGUAUAAAGAUGUAGCGGAACCAUGGAUUAUCGAUCCUUUGACUCUCAAUGCAAUUUAUUUGAGCCAAUCGAAUUCAAUUACUGUACCCUUGGCGAAUUUACAGGAACCAUUUUUCAGCAGAAAUCAACCAAAUACGAUUAAUUACGCGUUGACUGGGUUUUUAUUAGCACACGAAUUGCACCAUCCAUUUGACGAGCUAAGGCGUCUUUUCAAUGAACGUGGCGAGGAAAUAAACUGGCCAGAUGAAAUGACGAAGCAAUACUAUAAAAGUGCUCAGUGUUUCGUUGAUCAGUACGACAACUAUACUUUAGAUGGGACAUCUUCUGGUCCAAAAAUCAAGAAUUAUGGCAAUCAGACUUUCGACGAAAAUAUGCCAGAUACCAUGGGAUUAAAAACUGCGUUUAAAGCGUACAAACGAAGAGAAAUAAUAAACGGCAAACCAGAAUCAACACUGCCUGGCUUGGAAAUGUUCAGCAAUGAUCAAAUUUUCUUCCUAUCGUCUGCUAAUUUAUGGUGUGAAACCAGAGAUUCCCAAACGUUAGUCACAGAUGCCAAAUUAGACAUACAUAGUAUUGGACGAUUAAGAUCCAUAGGGGCUCUUUCGAACAAUGAGGAUUUCUCAGCUACAUUUUCCUGUCCUCUGGGCAGCCCUAUGAGUCCUAAGAAGAAAUGCAACAUAUGGAAGAUAUAGCAGGUACAUUUCAAUUAAAUGUUCAAUCAUUCGAUUCAAUUUAACAGACCAUUGCAGCAAUAAAAUAGAAAAAUGAAA